CAAUUUUGUUUUUCCUCGGAAUUUCUUCGGAAAUUCCUCGGUAUAUUCCGAGGAUUUCAUUUUCCGUCGGAAUGUCCGUCAGAAUACCGCUGUUUUCUUGUAGUGAGACUACACCAUGCAGUUCCUCUUUUACUCCCAAGGGAAACAAUGGUUCACAUAAAAGCUCUCAAGGCUACAAUAUUCCCCCUAAGACACAGAUCUUGGUCAACGCUGGUGCUAUAGGAAGAGACCCCAAACUCUGGACUAACCCGGAAGAGUUUAACCCAGAGAGGUUUAUCAAUAGCCCUGUGGAUUAUAGAGGACAAUACUUCGAGCUCUUACCAUUUGGCUCUGGUAGAAGGAUAUGCCCUGGUAUGCCCAUGGGGAUGGCUACUGUCGAGUUGGGACUCUUGAACUUGCUUUACUUCUUUGAUUGGAGUUUGCCUGAUGGGAUUACACAUGAAGAUAUUGAUACAGAAGAAGCUGGUACUCUUACUUUUCUUUUUUUUGAGCAACCAGCUGGUACUCUUACUAUCGUCAAGAAAGUACCUCUUAAGCUUGUUCCAAUUCGAGUUAUGUGAGAGUUUUUAAAAUGUUUUAAAUAAUUAACAUUAUGCCGUUGCUGUAAUGUUAUGUUUGCGUAUGCGAUUUGUGGCCUUGUCCGUCUGUCUUUUUGAAUCGUCGGAACUGUACAUAUCACUAGAUCCUCUAAGAGAUACAGUAUCGCUUGUACCUGAGUGGACGUAUUGGAAAUCAUUGGCUUUCAAUUUUACUCUUUAAACAUGUGGAACAAAAUAUUGUGCAAACGACAUGAACGCAUUUUGUCAUCACGUACUUCUUACUAACCAAACUAAACCUUUCAUCUUACAACCACAAAACAUUAAUACGAUUUAAACUAUAGGUGCAUUAAAACAUGUGGAAGCGAUUCAAGCGACAAGAACGCAUUUUGUCAUCAUACACUUCUGCCCAACCAAACUAAAUCUGUAAAAUCUUGACACGAUUUUAAUUAGGUCCACUAAACCUAGAAAGUUGUGUGAAUUUUUUUUGUGUGAUGUUUGAUGUGUUAUAUUUUUUUAUGUAUUUAUUCUCUUUACUUUUUAUAAUUCCUGUUGGGUUUAAUGUUUUUACAGUUUUCUAGUGGAGUUAUUAAAGGUGUUAUGGUUCGUAUGGGGUUGAGUCGAUUAGAUUGAAAAAAUUAGAAGGUGGAAUGAAUAAAAACGUUUUAUUACAUCUGACCAAGAGCUUACAAGAUUGACAAAGAGGUUAUGGAGACAAACCGGUGCUCAGGAAGCUAACCGGAAAGUACAAAGCGGUGAGAGAUAACGAGAGACUAAAACCCUAGAUCUAGCCGUUCAGUCUGUGUGUGUAAAGUGUCGAUCCUCCCUCUUGUUGUUGCUUCCUCUCCUUUUAUAGGCUCUCCGUCUUCGUAUGCCCUAAUCCGAGUGCGCUUUUGGGCCUUAGUUCGAGAAGGCCGAGUAUAUGGGCCUUCAGAGAAUUCCUCCGAGCCGAGUACUUUUGGUUGGCUUCGCCGUUGGCUAAAAGCACUCUGGGGCCGAGCCGACGACUCUACUCGCCGAGCCGAAUACUUUUGGUCGGCUUCGCCGUUGGCUAAAAGCACUCUGGGGCCGAGCCGACGACUCUACUCGCCGAGCCGAAUAGGUCUCUCGCUUAGCGGACUAUAUCUUGUUAUUCGAUGGGCCUUGUGGAAGGAUGUAAUCCAUCUCCUACAGUUAUGGUACUUUAGUUAAUUUGAAAAUUUAUAAAGACUUAGAUCUUUGUAAAAUUCACUGAUUUCAAAAUUUAAUAUCUGAACUUUAAUUACUAUUUAUAAAUUUGUUGUUCUUUUUAUCGAAGUUAUAUAUUUUAUGUAUAUUUUUAUAAAAAAUCUUCAGCAACCUAUUAAAUUCACGGCAAAAUUCGUUUAAUAACAUGUACCUUUAGUUAAGAUAUAAAAUUAUGAAGCAAAAACAUUGGAUUUCUUAAAAGAAUUUUAGAAAUAUGAUCACUCAUUUAACAUUUACCAAGUGGAAAUAGACGAGUGUAUCCACGCAUUUAGAGCAUCUCCAAAAAAAAUUUUAUUUUCCACUUUAAUAUAGAAUUUAUAGUAAAAAUGUUCUAAUAAUAUUCUAUUUAUUUUUUGUUCAUCAUUUUAUUUUUCAUUUUUUCACUAUAAAAUAGAGUACCAUUAGAAUAUAACUCAAAUCUAUAAUAGAAUUAUUCUAUUUCGAAGAAGAAAAUAGAGUGAUCAUUGGAGAUGAUUUUAGUCAUUUCAGUUUUGUUUUAUCCGCACUUUCCCAGCUGGAUAUUCAGUUCCGUUAAUGAGCAAAACAUUCAAUUUAUCGAAUUUACUUGUCUUGACAUAUUUUACAAGACAAAUCUCUUUGAAAAACAUAGAGGAUAAAUUUCAGAGCAACUUUCAACCAAAGGGACGUGGAAUC